AUGGGAAUCACGGAGGGCAGCAUCUGCGGUUAUUGCGGAGAGGAGGACUCCCCGGAGCACACAAUCUUUGUUUGUCAAAGAUGGGCCGCAUGGAGGAGCAAUACAGAGUCAGUUAUCGGUGCGGAGGUCAAUAGCAGAAGCAUCACCAUACUCAUGAUGAAAAGUAAGGAGAACUGGAACACAAUACAGAGGUUCGUUCGUAAUGUGAUGAACGCAAAGCGCAGGGACGACAUCUUGCACUAG